AUGGGUAUUGGACAGAGCCGUGAAUUACUGGGCAAGGUAGGUGAAGAGCAUGUGUUUGUAUGCACAAAUUAUGAGGAGCUACUUGCUACUUUGAGAAAGCUUCAAUCCUGCUCUGAGCUACGGUCUUCACAGGGAGCGGUAAAAUUUGAAGGGUCCCUUCCAACCGUAGCGAACAGUGGCACACCAACGCAAUGGGAAGAAACAAAAUGUCGACCGGUCAGCAAGGGGUCGUGCACGCUGCUGGGGAGUGGUGUGUACAGGGGAAGUUUGCGUUUCCUUCCCCCAAGCUUCCUUACCGAUACCACUGCAAAGCCAUUAGAAGAGGUCCACAUUCCCAAUCAUUAUAUGGGCGAUGCGGGACUUAUCUCUGGGCACGAAGCGGUACUGCAGACGCUUGCCAAUAGCCCGGGUUUGCGUUCGCUUAACAUUUCCUACAACGCCCUCACACACGUCUCUAUUGAGGCGCUCCUCGGGAAAGCCCCACAUAACGGCGCGCAUGAUGACAAUGGUUUCCCCGGUGGUUUUCUUCCUCCUAACCUGUUGUCUCUGAACUUUGCUGGGAACCGCGCUGGUCGGGUGGGUUGCGAGCGACUUGCAGAGUUCCUUGAGACGGACCCACCCCUUCGCGCCCUGUCGCUGUACAACAAUGAGCUCUACGAUGAUGAUGUGGAGCCGCUGCUUCGUGGCCUUCGUGUGAACACUCGCCUCCGCCAGCUCAACCUGGAUUGCAAUUACCUUACUGGCGGAUUCUUGCAACAGCUGAUUGACGUUCUACGUGUUAACAGGCAACUUGCCGUAGUUAUGUUUGAUGGGCCGUAUGACAUGAAUACCUUCGCCCGACUCAAAGAAUUGAAGCCAGUGGAAGCGGUGCCAGAUAAGGCCGAGGAUCCGGCCGGCCACGCGCGCGCGUUGCUUCGCAAUGAAAUGCUGUGCCAUGACCUAGCCGGCCGCCCACCUUUUCCAACCGACCUUGUGCAAGAAGUGGAGGCUAUACUGAAGCCGCGGUGUGCUCGUUAUGUAGAUGAGCUGCGGGAGGAACGGGAGAGGGCUUAUCAAGAGGCAAAAAACACCGACGAGAUGCUAGAGGUUGCACGGCGCUACCGCGAUGCGUCGUGUGAUACAUGCGGAGGGGAAGCAACGGAUUUAUCACACCAGGAGGAAUGUGACAGUGCUGACAAGAGUAAGAGUGACAAUGGGACACAGGGACCACAAGAAGAGGAAGAUCGAGAUGAAGAUGGAGAACGGGAGCAGGGGACAGAAGGAGAAGAGAAGCAAGAGGAAAUCGAAACGGGAGCGGGCAACAGAGACGGAGGGUUUGGUUUCUUUCGUCCCCCACUGCGCGGUAAGGACGCCUCAAGAAACGGUUCUGUCGCCCCCGUAGCAGCACCUCUGAGUUGUCUCCGGCCGAUGCCCCCUUAUGCAGAGCGCAAGCGACAAAGUGCCACCUUCUUUCCAGGAUUGCUGUUAAGUCCAGUGGAAGGUGGCUCAUCGGCGUCUCAUUCCAUGCUCUCCAACACGGAGGCAAGAAGAGACAAAAGCCCAGCCAGUGGGGAGCAUCGAAUGGAAGAAACGGGACGAACCACAGCGAACAGCAAGAGUAGUGUACUACCUAGGAAGGAGUUAACGAAUGGUUUUGAUCGCCUCGUUCUCGCGCCGCUCAGCGAGGCCCCCCGUUCGAAGACCAUAUGGAAGACUGUUACUGGGCCGCCAUGCCGCCUGCGCGCUUGCUGGUGUGACGCUCGAGCUGAUAUCGUCCCUUAUGCCAAUGUGUUGCACUACCACUGCAAGCAUGAACAACUCACAAACGAAGCAGGCUACGAAAUGGAACCGUGCCGGCUUACCACUGGUAAAAGCAGUGUUUCCCGUGGACGCCCUGGACGGUUGCCCCUCAAGGAGAAGAAGGGAAGUGGGCCAGAGUGGUCACACACAUCGAGAGCCACGAUUAGGCCACACAGCGGGAGGGACUGCGCAACGCCAUCAGCUGGUGGAUAUGCUGGCAGCGGUCCCUCCGGUCGAACAGUGUACGAGGGCUGCAAAGCCACGAGCCACCGCUGUGAAUCCAUUGGUUUCUACGGACGGCCCAAACCGGACAGGAGAUCGGUCGUCUUCUUCUCUGGACAGCAUCCUAUGUUAGCCCGGGGCCUCAAGGAGUAA